CCCACUGGAACGCGAUUUUUACCGGGAAUCCCCUCUGAAAAGCGAUUGGGCUAGUUUUGCUGAGAAAACCGGCACCGCACGUUAAAAAUAAUUUCCCGACUGAGAAAAUGCACGUGAACUCAAGUCCGAAAGCUCUAAUAAUACAAGUCCAACAGUUCUUUGUAGUAACGCGAGCGUGCUGUUUUCACAUUCCGACUUAAAAUCACAACUCUGGAAAUGAGAGCAUCCGAGGAGCGCGUGAAUGCAGAAAUUACACUUGCUCUGACUGCAGCAGUGUAAUGUUUUGGUCGAUGUGUGAGUCGCUGUGGGAAUGAGACUGCGUGGCAGGGAUUUGGAGGAUUCCACUGUCUCCUGGAUACCAAGCGUCCUGGGUGUGCAGAGCGUCAGGCUCCGCCUUCGCCUUGAUCGCCGUGACGACAGGGGGAGGGGCCUUUGGCAACUGGUUGACCUGGGAGAGGAAGCGCAGAGUGGGCGUCGGAUACGAGACAGGACGCCUCCUACUUGUUCUCAGAGUCUGAUGAGUAUUCCUGCUACUGCAUCAGUUCAAUCAGGGGGUGUAGAGAUGCAAUCACCUGGGGCCAUUAGCCCCUCCUUCCUCCCGCCCCCAAGUGGAAAAGUUCCAGGUCGCAAGAGGGGUCGCCCACCCCUAAAGAGGCACCCGGAAUAUCAGAGUCGCUACCCAGAAUCCCUCCCACCCAUUAAAGUGCCUAAGAAGAGAGGGAGGAAGCCUGGCUUUAAGCUGAAGUCUCGCUUGAUGACACCCCUAGCCAUCUCUCCUCCCAGCAGCACCCCGGAGCCAGACAUGAGUUCAAUCCCCCAGGAUGCUGCUACUAUCCCCCACUCAGCCACCCCACAGGUCCUCACAGUGUGUAUCUACGUGAAUAAGCAUGUGAACACGGGUCCUAUCCUGGACAGGCAGAAGGUGCUGCAGCUGCCCGAUCACCUGGGUCCUGCCAGGCCCUCUGUGGUGCUGCAGCAGGCAGUACAGGGCUGCAUUGACAGUGCGUUUCAGCAGAAAGCCGUCUUCACCCUGCUUACUGAGGGCUGGGGAGAAAAGAUCUCAGCCACCUUUGAUGGUAAGCAGCAUUUGUUGAGUUUGCCAGUGGUCAACAGCGUGGGCUACGUCCUACGCUUCCUCAAGAAGUUGUGCCGAAGCCUGUUGUGUGAGAACCUCUUCAGUGACCAGCCCAUCGCCCCUUCAUCGUCUCCCUCCUCCUCUUCUUCAUUCCACGCUGAAAAGCACUCAGACGGACAGCCCAAGUCAACAGACUCAAUGGUGGACGAUUACCAUGGCGAUUCAAUGGACCCCAAGCGCUAUUCGGUUGACAGCGACUCUGCCUAUGGUGCGAUGUCCUCACCGUACACAGCGAGUAAACCUGCGUAUGGUUUUCGUUCUGGCACUGCCUACUCUGGAGGCGUGUGCAGGCAGGCAGCCAGUCCCAGCACAUUCCAGGAAGGAAACAGAAGUGCCUACAGUCCAUCCCCAGAGGGAGGGGAGGCAAAGCCCCCACCCAGCAAGGAUCCCUCCAGGUGGAGUGUGGAUGAGGUGGUGUGGUUUAUCAAGGAUGCAGACCCUCAAGCAUUGGGCCCUCACGUGGAUCUCUUCAGAAAGCAUGAGAUUGAUGGGGAUGCUCUUCUUCUCCUGAAGAGUGACAUGAUCAUGAAGUACCUGGGACUCAAACUGGGCCCAGCUCUCAAGCUCUGCUACCACAUCGACAAGCUAAAACAGAACAAGUUCUGACCUGUCUCUGCACCCUACAAACACACACAGAUGGAUUCACUCAGUAUUUACUGGCGCUCUCAUUUGUUGUAGUACAGGACGAUUUUGUCCCCUCUCCCCACCCCCCACACUCUGGUCAUUUAAGGACAAGUACCAGACAAUUUUUUUUACUUGCGUGGUUCGUCUGCCUGUAUAUUGGGACAUUUUACUGACCAGAACAUUUCCUUGUUCUAAUUUUAAGUGUACAAGCGUUUUAUUGACUACUUGAUACUGAACACUGCUUGAAUCAAAUAGCAAGUCAUCUCAGCUGAUUUCUGGGAUUUGAGUUAUCUGUCUUCAAGCGAGAGUUGUGCAGAUGAGUUCUAAGUGUAAAUCAUGCUUUUUCAAAUGGGCGUCAUAACAAACAUAUUAAGUCACAGACAAAUGAGCUCCAAUUUAUUCAGAGCCAUGGACUCUGUCUAAAUCCCUGUGAACUUCAGCCACCUGCUGGUGAAGUGGAGUCACUGCAGUUCUGUGACAUUUACUACCAUUGUUACCAGGAACCAUUCAGCUUUUUUUUUUUUUUUUGGAGAGCUACUUCAAAGGCCGCUAACCUGGGAGAUCUGUUACAAACAGAAUUCAGCAUUGUGCUUUUGACUGAACAGAUACAGUACGCACACAGUUUUGGCAGGGUACAACUAUGAACACUUCCACUUUGCAACCAGCAAAUAACAGGCACAAAUGCAACUCGACUCAGCAAUGGACCAUUCACACCAUCUUUGGAAAGCCUCCUUGGCAGCCUAAAUCAGAACUAAACAGGAUACACUACUAGGCAGUUAAAAAUGGUGCAUUACAAACAUAGUAAUGCAUACCAGGUGCUGUCUCUCAACCAGCAAGUCAAGUUAAUUAAAACAACUAUACUGGUACAGUACAUUUCUUACUGUGGACCAAAUUCACUGAGAGGUCUCAUUAGUCUCAAAAUUUCUUGUUUUUUACUCUUUUCAAUUUGCUCUGAUUCUACACAAAUGUCAGCUUAUGAUUUUCUUAGAAAAUGCGAAGCACUUUACAAUAAUGUUCAGUUCAUUCAAUGCAUUGGGUAUCAUGAACUAACAAUGAACUAUACUUUUACAGCAUUUAUUAAUCUAGGUUAAUGAUUAUUUCUACAUAUACUACUGUUUGGGUUUAGUAAGAAAGUAAAUAAUUUUUUUCAGCAAGGAUGCAUUUAACUGAUCAAAACUAACAGUAAAGACAUGGUUUCCACAAAAAUACUAGUAGCACAACUUUUUCAGCAUUGAUAAGAAAUCUUAAUCAUCAAACUAAAAUUACUUUUGAAGGAUCACGUGACACUGAAAAUGAGUAAUGAUGCUGAAAAUUCAGCUUUGACAUCACAGGAAUAAAUUUUAAAUUCUAAUAAUAUUUCACAAUAUGACUGUUUUCACUGUAUUUUUGAUCAGAUAAAUGCAGCCUUGCUCAGCAUGAGACUUUCAAAAACAUUUCAAAAUCUACCCACUCUUCAAGUGCAACUUUUCAACGGUAGUUUACACUUUUUUUUUAUAUUUGAAGUUGCAUGAAUUAAUAAUACCGUUAUAAACAAAUAUAAAUUAACAAUGCACAAUAGCAUAUUUAUAAAUUACCAUUAGCCCAGAUUAAUAAAUGAUGUAAAAAUGUUAGUUUACAUACCUAAUUAAUUAACAAAUGUAAACAAAUUGAACUUUACUGUAGUGUUGCAACAAAAUGCACGACAUGUUUCAGCCUAUUUUUUAAAUGUAACAUGUUGACUUUGAUGUGGGUUAGACAUGAAUUUUCUUUCAUAAACGUACAGUGUAUAUGUGAACAGAAUCUAAAGUGCUUCUCUGACCAUAUGUUGCUGUCAAACACCAAGGAAAUGUGUGAAAGAGUCAUUUAAGUCUCCUUUUCAGGUAAUAAUUCUUCUUAUUAGUAUUUUUUUAUUGAGCAAAAAUGGCAUUCAGAAUCACUGUAUUGCUUUUCAGACAGGCGAAUUUAAGAGAUCGUUCAUGCAAAAUGAACUUUUUGUCAUCGUUUAUUAACCCUCAUGUCGUUCCAAGACUUCCAGUGAAAUUCAGUUCUGUUCCACAGGAAAGUCUAUGAAUGACGUGAUGGUGAGUAAAUGAUGACAGAUUUGCCAUUUUUAGGUGAACUAUCCCUUUAAGUCCGCCUUGAUGAUGUCAUACGUAUCCAAAAAUGGAUUACACCGAAGUGUACAACUUUUCUGUAUCCGCAAUCAUGUGUAAAUACGAUAAUUUAUGUGAUAAUCACAGAUGAAAUCUACCAUUUCUUAAGUUAAAGAGCGAAUUAAGUACAGUUUAGAUCCAAUCAUCGAUGAACACAUCCAGCUUUAACAUGGAAUCAGUUUUGCUGUGCUAGACUUCAUUGUUGUAUAAUCUGCCUCUUAAAGCGACUGCUAUGCUAAACUGAGCAUCUGUACAGAAUCAUUGUUUAGAAUUUUGAAACAGGGAGGCUUUUGAGUUGUUGUUUUUUUCCUUUUCAUGUAGCAUCAGUUGUUGGGGAAUAGCUUUCUCAAUGAAAAAUGUAGGCACCAGUAAGAAAUAAAGUGAAAUAAUCAGUGAGCUCUUAAAUCUGGUGCCAAGAGGUCAGUAAAUCUAUACUGAUUUGAAAAGUAGAGUAUUCAUUUUUUCAUAAACAGUUGGAAGAAUUAAAUCCCAAAAUCAUGUGAUGUUUUUAACACAGAGGCCCAACAUUAUAGAAAUGAAUUAUGUUCCCAUGUGUGAUGCUCAAACUCUUGUAUUAGCUUUAAAAGCAGUUUUAUUUUCUUUCAGUCAUGUACUCAAACAGUGGGAAUAUCUUUUUAGUUUUAAAAGCCCUUUAACUGAGUAAUAGCAGCACUGAGCUUUUAAAUAUGUUUCUAAGCACUCCGUUCUAUGGCUGCACUUAACUAAAUCCUACUUCAUGUAGGAAGCCUUGCCACUUUCAUAAAAUCUUUAAUCAUUUUUAGUGCCGUUUAUGACCUCACACAAAUAUUCUGCUGACAUUGACUGGCUCUGAUGUUCCUGGCUAGAUAUUGUCAAUGUUUGUGACAGGAAUAUGAGUGGGCUUUUAGGGGUAAUCUUUUCUUCAGUUCAGCUCUGGAUCAUUUUGUGUGUGCAUAUGUCAGGUUUGCGUUUGCCUCCGCACCAUGUCAUUCCUUGUCAUUUUUUAUAUAAUGAAAAAUGUAAGUGUACAUUUAUGGAUGCUGCUCUUGAUGAUAGUCCCAUGUAAGGCUGUUGAAAUUUGUCAGCUCACAAAAGAGUUUUAAUGGAAAAAGGACUACAACACGGACCAUUCAUGUUGGUGCUAUAAUAUGACUGUGUAUUUAACAAAUAAUGAUUUUAUGCAUAUGAUUUUAUGGUUGGUUUGCUUUAUUUCUUCAGAUAGGCUUCAGUGUUGUGAACUCUCGUGACUGACGACAGGCUCUGCGUUGCGUGUCUGUUUGUGAGGUUAAUAUAGAGCAUUAUGAAAGAGUCAGAAUAAAGCAUUAUGAACACUCUAACUGUAUUUGUAGUUCUGUAUAUGGUUGUCACUAAAUAUAUCGCUGUUUGUAUUUCCUGUAUUUCUGCUCUUGUGCAGACAGACACAACUCAGUGCAAACCAGAACGUACAUACAAAAGUUGCACCAUGUUCAAGGCCAUUCUUAAACUUUUCUAAUAAAGUCUUUUCUGCA